AGAGAGAGAGAGAGAGAGAGAGAGAGAGAGAGGAGUUACUACCAAAGCGCAUAGAGACUACUAAGUCUGACUCUGAACCACCAUUUAAGUGAUCAACGUCGAGUUGCUCGUAAUUAAGCUGCCGGACAUCCUGACGGUGAUAUCCAAGAAAAUUAAAGAAAAUCAAGUCUGGCCUGAAGAGGGAAAAGUGAAGCGAGGCAUGACGAGCUUUGCCUUUUGGUGUACCUUAUUAGUGGUGGGCUUGAAGGCCGCUAAUAAUGCUGCUGCGGGCUUCGACUAUAGGAGUGCCGUCUACAAGAGCUUGUUGUUUUUUGAGGCUCAAAGGUCUGGCAAAUUGCCAUUCAAUCAACGCGUCAAGUGGCGCGCUGAUUCUGGACUCCGUGAUGGCUUUCUUCAAGGAGUGGAUUUGGUGGGAGGAUAUUACGACGCAGGAGAUCAUGUCAAGUUUGGGUUGCCAAUGGCUUUCAGCGUGACGAUGCUUUCUUGGGGAGCCAUUGAUUUCAGGCAAGAGAUUGUUGGUCUGAAGCAGAUGGGCCACACAUUGGAUGCCAUCAAAUGGGGCACUGAUUACUUCAUCAAGGCACAUCCCCACCCCAAUAUCCUCUGGGGACAAGUUGGGGAUGGAGAGUCGGAUCACUACUGCUGGGAACGUGCUGAAGAUAUGAGCACUCCCAGGACUGCUUACAAGUUGGAUCAAAGUAAUCCUGGCUCUGAUCUUGCUGCUGAAACCGCUGCAGCUCUCGCAUCCGCUUCUUUAGCAUUCCACCACUACAACUCUUCCUACUCUCAUCUUCUCUUACUCCAUUCAAAGCAGCUUUUCUCAUUUGCUGAUACGUUUAGGGGUUUGUACCAUGACUCCAUCCGAUGCGCUAAGCAGUCCUAUCCAUCAUCGGGUUUUUGGGAUGAACUUCUGUGGGCUGCUGCAUGGCUCUUCCGAGCAACCAAGGAUGUGUACUAUUUGAAAUAUGUAGCUGAGAACGCUGCCUCCAUGGGUGGUACUGAAUGGGCUGCUAGAGAAUUCUCUUGGGACAACAAGUACGCCGGUGUACAAAUUCUUCUGUCCAAGGUGUUAAUGGAGGGAGCCGGUGGAGGAUACACAGCCAUUCUGAAAAAAUAUCAGGCCAAAGCAGACUUCUUCGCAUGCGCUUGUCUAAAAAAGAAUAAUGGCUACAAUGUCAGAGUGACUCCAGGCGGGUUAGUGUACGUGCAUGAAUGGAACAACAUGCAAUAUGCAGCAUCUGCUGCGUUUCUUCUGGUUGUGUACUCCGAUUACCUCUCCAAUGCUCACGCCGUGCUCAAAUGUCCAGUUGCCCAAGUUCAACCUCAGGACCUCCUCAAUUUCGCUCAAUCACAGGCUGAUUACAUGCUUGGUAAGAAUCCCAAGUCCGUGAGCUAUGUAGUUGGUUACGGGCAAACAUACCCGGUUCACGUCCACCACAGAGGUGCUUCCAUUGCUUCAGUUUCUGUUCUCCAUUCAUCGGUCGGAUGCCUGCAAGGCUUCGACACAUGGUACCGUCGCCCCAAGGCCAACCCUAAUGUCAUACACGGAGCUCUUGUAGGCGGUCCUACCAAGAACGACAACUUCUCCGAUGAUCGCACCAAUUAUGAACAGACCGAGCCUACAAUCUCUGCUUCUGCUCCUCUUGUUGGCCUUCUCUCUAAGUUGCAAAGUGUUACGGCAGGAAAUUCAGGUCCGCAUCCCAAAGUAUCACCGGCACCCAACCCAAAAUCAGAUAUUCCAGUUGAAUUCCUUCACUCGAUAACCGAUACAUGGACUGUUGGAAGAACAAGUUAUUAUCGUCACAAGGUGAUAAUCACGAACGUAUCUCGAAAGCCAAUCACAGAUCUCAAGUUGAGAUUUGAGAACUUCUCGGGGUCCAUAUCGGGUCUCUCCCCAACUCAAGAUAAGAACACGUAUGCCCUCCCUCAAUGGCUGAAAAUCUUGAAACCAGGUUCAGAAUGCAGUUUCGUUUACAUUCAAGGCGGACCGCAAGCUAAGUUUUCGGUUCAGAGUUACCACUGAUCACCACUUCAGGGAAGAGUUCUUUUCCUUCGUUCCUCACUUCAGGCAAGAUUCGAGAUUGAAAUAGUCUGAUGAUCAAGAAACAAGUUUCCUACUGUUUCCUAGUCUAAUUUUUGAAUUGUAACCUGCUUACAAGCAAAUUUUGAAGAAUUUUUUUUUCCAGAAGAGUUUCUCCAUUACCAUUUGCAGUGACUUUAAAUGUAUUGUUGAACAACCAACACAAAACAAGCAAGCUACAGGGGACAAUGGCCAGAAGCAGGGCCUUAACCCAUCAAGGGUAGGCGACACCAUCAAAACACCUAAAAGCACGACAGAAAGCA